GCCUCUGAUCGCCUUCAGCUUCUGGUUGUCCAGCGGCUACAAGAGCUCGCAAAGACACACAUUGCUGAAACGGCAUAUAAGAUUCGAACCUCAAUUGGGAAGGCAAUCCAGAAGCGGUCGUCCGCCAUUCGGACCGCUCUGGAACGGUACAAUACCCUUGCCGCCAAGAUGGAUCCACCAGCCACGCAGAUCAAGUGGGACGAUAUCAUCGAGUACACGUUUCUUUCUGAACUCGACAUCCUCAAGCAUUCGUAUUCUCAGGCGAACGUUCGCGAGCAGCCAUGGGCUCAGCCCAUCAAUCGGGACGCGGCAACGAAACACUUCAAGAUCCUGCGCGCGCGCGAGGAGAUCACCAGACUCAACGUCGAAGCUGGCAGGCUUCGAGCGUGGGUUCUCACUGAGAAUGCUGACAUUGAGCAGCACGAGAAACGGCUCAAAGAGGUCAAGCCACCCCUCUCAGCAGCUCUCGCGGCUCGUUUCACCGGGCGCAUUCGUGCGAACAAGGUCCACCUUGCCAAGUUGAACAUGCUGGAGUGCCUGCCGGGGUACACAGGU